AUGUUAACUGAACGAUCUGAAACUUUUAAUUCUAUUUUAAAAGCGACGACUGACAUUAAUUUAACGGAUUCCAAAGGAAAUACAGUAUUACACAAAAUCAUACUGCUUGGUGAAAAGGACACGAAUGUCAGUGCAUUGGUAGAGAAAGUUCUAGACAAUUCGGAUGCUAUUGAUAUUGAAAUAAAAGGAAGUGCAGGCAUCUAUCGAAGAAACAUAAUUGAUAUUAUAAGUGAAGCUUACAGUCGAAUUUGUCAUUUGAGAUUUGACGCAGAAGAUAAUUUAGAAUUAGGCAGUGACUUUGUAGAUGUUGAUAAGUCUGUCGAAUUCAAUACACCUACACAAUCUCUAGACGUGUUGUCUUCUUUAAACGGAAAAUCUUUAAAAAGUACAAGAGGAGAUCCAAAUCACUCUUCACGUUCAGAGGAUAACAUUUCCACGCCGUGUAAAACAGUUGAUGAGGAUGGCAGUGAUCAUGAAUAUGACGAUGACGAUGAAUAUACGGUAUCCACAGACAGAUAUUAUUCGGAUAAUGAUUUUAAUUAUGAUGAUUUUGAUGUUGAUGAUCAUGAUUAUGAUGAUUAUUUUGGUGAUGAUAACGAUAAUGAUGAUGAUGUUGAUGAUUACUAUGAUAAUUAUAAUGAUGAUGAGGAUGAUUAUCGUAAUGAUCAUGAUGAUGAGGACGAUUAUCGGUAUGAUCAUGAUCAUGAUGAUGACAAUGAUGAUCUUUAA